AUGGGGCGUAUUCCUUGCUGCGAGAAGGACAACGUGAAAAGAGGACAGUGGACACCUGAGGAAGAUAACAAGCUCUCGUCCUACAUUGCUCAGCAUGGAACUCGCAACUGGCGUCUCAUUCCCAAGAAUGCUGGCCUCCAGAGAUGCGGAAAGAGCUGCAGACUAAGGUGGACUAAUUACCUUCGUCCUGAUCUCAAGCAUGGCCAAUUUUCGGAUUCGGAAGGGCAAACCAUUGUGAAGCUUCAUUCAGUUUUUGGUAACAGAUGGUCACUGAUAGCAGCCCAGCUGGCAGGACGCACUGACAAUGAUGUGAAAAACCACUGGAACACCAAGCUGAAAAAGAAACUGUCAGGCAUGGGUAUAGACCCUGUCACCCACAAGCCAUUUUCCCAUCUAAUGGCUGAAAUUGCUACGACGUUGGCACCCCCACAGGCAGCACACCUAGCUGAAGCAGCCCUUGGCUGUUUCAAAGAUGAGGUGCUCCACCUUCUUACUAGGAAGCCAAUUAACUUCCAGGGUCAGCAUUCGGCUGCAGCACUGGGGAAUAGCUUCACUGAUUACAUUAAUUGUAAGCCAGAAGAAAAGGAUGCAACGGUUGAGAACCUAUCUAAGGCCAUACAACAAGAACCUCAAAUGAUGCCCGCAACUGCAACUUUUGCAAUGCCAGUUUGCCCUACAAUGCCAGGGUUUCAAUUCUCUCCAGCAUCUUUCGCCAAUAAAGGGGAUGCAUCUCCAUGGGGCCAAAGUGUAUGUACUGGAAGCACAUGCACAGCCAUGGAUCAGCACUCCCAGUUACAUGAAAAACUUGAAGAGGUAAAUGGUGCUGAGUCUGAGGCUACCAAGGAAAUUAGAAAUCUAUCCAAUAUAUUCAACUCAGAUUGCGUCGUCUGGGAUCUACCAGCAGAUGAUUUAAUUAACCCUAUGGUAUAA